GCUACUUUACUACUAAUUUAUAAAAUGAAAGUAAUGAUUUGCAGAAUUUCAGUGAAUUCAGUCAAUCCUAGGACUCAUUCACCAUUUAAUAGAAGAGUUAUAGUGUGCAGUGCCAUCUGGCUGCUGACGGGUUAAAAGGAGCUUGGAUUUGCUUGACUGCUUUGAAAAAAAACAAAUUCAUUUUGACAAUGCGAUGCGGGGACAAGAAGAGCAAGGGCUGUUCUGGUUUAGUGGUGAUGGUUUUUCUCUACUAACUACUUGGAACAUCUGCAUCGGACCAAGAUCUAAGCAUACUUUAGAUUGAUCACCAUUCAAAUAUUACAACUUGCUCUGUGAUGGGUGAGAAAGCGCUCAGUAGACUGGCAAAAGGAGGGCACCUGAAUGCCACCCCCCCUUCUCCCAUGCAGCUGGUAUAGCAGGCUACAUUAUGCAGACUGUGGAAAGAGGAGGAACUUUAGACCUUGGCAGAAAGGCUCUUUUACCAUUGGCAUUAUCUGUUUUUGACAAGGUGACCUAUCUUCAUCGGAUCUGGUAAAAUUUGUAUUUGCAUAAAUGGAAUUAAAGUGUUAUUCCAAACACCAUAAUCAGUCACAAGUCUUCCCCCCAAAGAAGAGAAUGAAGGUCAAAACCUUUUUGAGAGGUUAUUUUAUCCAUUCAGAAAGCCACAGUAUGAAGAAUGUGUUGGAUUUCUCUGAGAAUUGUAUCAGUUAUAGCUACGGAGCAGUAAACCAUGAUGGACAGUGAGUGUGGGAUGGUGGAGGAGACAGAUGAGCAAACAUCCCCAUGGGCUGUGUGCCACUCAGUUGUCUUCUUCUGUUUCAAGGGUAUGAUAGAAGGUGUGGUGGUCUUUCUCUUCAUCUGGCUGCUGAUCCAAGUUCUUCUCAAUAAACAUCAAGAAGUCCAUUUGCAGAUACUCCUGGGAGCUGGAUUGGCCCUGCUGUGCUCCUGUCUUCUGUUGGGCUGUGCCAUCUGUUGGCACAAGAGACGAAGGCAGCAAUCUACAAGCAACCAUGAAAAUGACUCUGUACUGCAGGACAGUAAAAGCCUUGAGCUGUCUAAUAACUCAGAAAGGUCUAUUUCAGUGUCAGUAUACAAUCAAUACAAGACUCUGGAUGGGAACAUUACACCCAGAGGUGAUGAUGCACAAGCAGUUCAACAUGAUCAAAAUUCUAUAUCUGACAGAUCUAUUCAAGUUAGAGCAUCUCUGCCCAGUCUUUACCAGCUACCAAGAAAGACCAAACAUGUUUUGAAGCGCAGGAGCACUGUUUUUGGGGAUGGUACUUUAGAGGGUGAUCGUGCCAGUUUGGUGAAGAUGCCUUUCUCUCGUACUGAACCUGAUGGAUUCACAGGGGGUAAGCAGAAGAUUCAGCCACUUGUGCACUUUACCUUAUAUUACUCACUGAGUGAAGAAACUCUUACUCUGACUGUAACUGGCUUCUCCAACCUUCCAAAAAGGUUGCAUCGCAAGAAAGACUCAUUUGUCAGGGCCUAUCUGCUUCCUGGAUUUCUGGAGCCACAGUAUGGGCCAACAGAAGAUUCAGAUGGAGGACAAAGGUUUGAUUUCUUCAGAUACAGUCCAGAGAGUCUAAAAGAACGGACCCUGAGGCUAGCAGUAUAUUCACGGGAUCGGAACACUCGGAGGGAAGGUUUCAUUGGUGAAAUACUUUUCCCCUGUUCCCAGGUCGAUUGCAACUGUCAAGCAGCAUCUGAUUUCACAAGGGAUCUGUCAAUUACCAAGGCAAAGCUUAAGAAGAGUUUGAGCACUAUGGAUGUGUUUUCCUCUCCUACGUCCACCUUCAAAUAUCCAGGACAGAUACUGGUCCUACUGCAGCAUCAGUCACUGGCCAGUCGUAUCAAAGUGAUGGUACAGAAGGCAGAAAGCCUGGGCAAACUUACACGUAUUCCUGGAGCACCAGACCACUUUGUGAGCAUACGACUGAUCCAAGACAAGGAGGUAGUAGUUAUAAAGGAGACACGGGCAGUGUCAGGCUCCUCCCCUGUGUGGAAUGCUCCGUUCCUCUUUGAUGUCCCUCUGGAAGCCAUGCAGAGUCAAAGUCUGUGUCUGGAGUUCCUAAUUAUGCAGGGUCGAAUUUAUAAUCGUGCCCAAAUUCUUGGACGUGUAUUAAUUGGUGCUGGGUCACCCGAGGCUGGUAUGGCUCACUGGCAGGAGAUGUGUAACAAAUCACCUGUGGAAUGUUCCCGUUGGCAUGUGCUGCAGGCAGAUGUAUCCUAGUGGACUUUUGGGGACCAUAACUUGGAUGAUCCAUCAAUUCAUAAGAGCGGAGACAUUAAAGAAGAACUUCAAAGAUUUUUAUUGGGUCUACAAUGGCUACAUAAUCUUUUUAGAAAAGCGAAACCAUCUGGUGAAUUCUGAAUUUUCAUUCUCAUAUUAGAAUUGUUCUUCUACUCAGCAUGUUACAUCACUAGAAUUACUAACUGGAAGAACACAGCUCUAAUAAUGCAAUGUGGGCUCCCAGUAAGCUGUGCUGAUAAGGAGCAUGAUAAAGGACAGUCAACAUAGACACAAAAAUAUGAGGAUGACAUGUACUGGACUUCAAAUGUGAUGACCACCCAUUGCAACAAAUGUAGUUAAAAGUGUUAGUUGGUUGUAUUUAGUAAUUUAAUUUGCUGCUAGCUAUAAGACAGUAUCCUGAUUUUCGUGUAUUUUCCUUUAGGAAAUCUUGUGAAUUUAUAACUCUAGCUAAGCUAUUAUAUUACCAAUGCCUGUAGAUAUGGUGUUCUAGCUGAACCUCUUGGAUCACAUACUGUAUUAAUAUAAAUUGAACAUAAAAUCAUCCAAUGGCUAUGCACCAAUUGGGAAACUUUGCUUUACAUAAGCACUUAUGCUCACAAGUGGUGUCUGCGUUUAUUUGUAUAUACUGUAAGUAACAUGUAUAUUUGUAAAGCCAUCAUGUAAAAAUAUACAUAACAGAAAUAUUUAAUACACUAAAUCCAGUAAGACUAUAUACUGUUUUAAGGUAACAAUCUCUUGCUAUAAAUAUAAUUGUACUGCAUCUGACAUGUUCUGCCAUAAAACGGACAAUAUCGUGUCCAUUUACAUUGCCAUAACUAAUAAGUAAAACAUGUUUUUCUUUA